CUACCUCUCCAGCCGCGCUCUCCACGGCACAGGAGCGCAACAGAUUCCUCACUUAAAACAAACCGGCUGAUUUGCCUAGUCUUGCAGAGACAUCCGGAAAGAUCCUGGAGGCGAGGAAGAUGCUUGCUAUAUGUUUUUGCUACAAAUUAAAAAGACAACCAUAAUGGCAGUGGAGUUUGAUGGAGGGGUUGUGAUUGGUGCUGACUCCCGAACAACAACCGGCGCUUACAUUGCCAAUCGAGUUACUGACAAGUUGACUCCCAUUCACGACCACAUCUUCUGCUGCCGCUCUGGGUCUGCAGCUGACACACAGGCUGUUGCUGAUGCAGUCACCUACCAGCUGGGCUUUCACAGUAUUGAGCUGGAUGAGCCUCCACUUGUGCAAACGGCAGCCAACCUCUUCCAGCAGAUGUGCUACAGAUACAGAGAGGAGAUGAUGGCUGGCAUCAUUGUGGCUGGCUGGGACAAAAGAAGGGGUGGACAGGUGUACACAGUCCCAAUGGGAGGGAUGAUAGUGAGGCAACCAGUGUCAGUAGGGGGUUCUGGUAGCUCCUACAUCUAUGGCUUCAUGGAUUCUAACUACAAGCCUGGAAUGACCAAGGAAGAGUGCCUUCACUUCUGUACCCAGGCCCUGGCACUUGCCAUGGAGCGGGAUGGUUCUAGUGGAGGAGUGGCCCGUCUGGCAGCCAUCACAGAGGAGGGCCUGGAGAGACGAGUUGUUUUGGGACACCAGCUGCCCAAAUUCUCCAACACCUAGACAAGGAGCAGAGGGAAGUUGCUGUGCAGACGAUUUCCCCCCCCCCCCUUCAAGUCCAUUCACAUAAGCUUUAAACCUAGUCCGGUGUCGUUUUUAUAAAGUCAGAUCUGGUUGUAAUUAAAAAAAUACUGAAACGUGAA